AUGGUCGACACCUUUGACAAGCUCGCUAUCAGCGAGCGCAAGAUCAUCGUAGGCAUCGAUUUCGGCACCACCUAUUCCGGCGUCGCCUGGGCGGAGACACAGCGCGCCGAUCGACGGACGGCCAUUACUAUCUGGCCCAUCAGCAAGACGGUCCGCGAGGGCGAAUCUUCAGACAAGGUCCCAACCAAGCUCAGAUAUGCCGGCGACGAGAUCCAAUGGGGCUUUUCCAUUCCCAUCACUGCGCCGCAGGAUGAAGUUGUCGAGUGGUUCAAGCUCGAUCUUGACCCCUCCCUCCAGAGCAUGGGACAGGCCGUCUCUUCGGAGGCUAGGGGUGGUCGAAACGUCGACAAACUAGUCACUGACUACAUAUCUGCUCUUGGCGAGCACCUCAUGUACACAUUGAGGGAGAAGCUUGGCGAACAAGUCGUCACAACAACCCCCCUCGAGUUCGUUGUCACUGUCCCCGCCAUUUGGUCCGAUUUGGCCAAAGAGAAGACGAAGCAAGCGUGCAAGAAGGCCUCGGGUCUAUCCAGCUCCAAGUCACCCAUUCACCUCGUCUCUGAGCCCGAAGCGGCAGCCAUCUACGCUCUGCACGGUCUCGACCCUCAUGGCCUCAAGGUCGGCGACACUGUCGUGGUAGUCGACGCUGGCGGUGGUACGGUGGACUUGAUCUCCUACACAAUCACCGGCCUAAAGCCUAUCCUGGAGGUCCAAGAGGCUGCUCCAGGAUCGGGUGCGUUGUGUGGCUCGACCUUCCUGAACAUGCGCUUCGCGAAGUUUCUCAAGGCGAAGCUAGGCAAGGAAGAGGGCUUCGACGACGAGGUAAUGGCAGAGGCCAUGGAGCAGUUCGAGAAGAAGGUCAAGCGCCAGUUCACCCUGGGUGCUGCCCCGGACGAAACCUAUACGAUCCCCGUCGGCGGUCUCAACAACAACCGAGAGCUUGGGAUCAACCGUGGUCGUUUCGCCCUAAAGGCAUCUGAUCUGCAGACCAUCUUUGAGCCCGUGGUUCUCGAGUGUAUCAAAUUGGUGAAGGACCAGAUCACAACCAGCGGCGUGCCCAUCCGGGCCGUGCUUCUGGUCGGUGGUUUCGGCGCCUCCAAUUACCUCAAGGAACGCUUGCGCAACGCUAUUGACAGGAACAUUCAGAUUAUGCAGCCUCCGAACGCCUGGCAAGCUGUCGUCCAAGGUGCCGUCAUGAAGGGACUUGCUCAAGUAUCUCCCGACCGCCUUACUCAGGUCAGAGUUCAGAACCGGAAGGCCCGCAAGCACUACGGAACCGAAUGGCGCACCAAGUACGACCCCAAGAUCCAUGGCCAUGUCGAAAGCAAGCGUCACUGGUGUGGCCUUGAUGGCUGCUACAAAGUGUACACAAUGGAAUGGUUCAUCCAGCGUGGAGACAAUGUCUCGGAGAACGAGCCAUUUUACACUUCUUUCGUGUGGACUGGUCUCGUCAGCCAGGGUCGCAUCAAGAAGAUCAAGAUGGACAUCUACGCCGAUCGCACACCUCGGACGGCUCCUGUGGCCCGCGACGAUAACGUUUCCAUGCUCGUGCACGUUGAGGCUGACGUCAGUCACAUCCCCGAGAAUAUGCUCGCGCGUCGCCAGGGGUCUGAUGGACAAUGGUACUACGAGCUGAGCUGCAAGAUCGAGGCGAUGUAUCUGUCCGCCUCGACAACCUACACACUACUGUACAACAUGCUGCAGAGGGCGUAA